UUUUAAAAAUUAGACAAAAAUACCCUUUCCCCAUCCAACGUCAAUAUCAACCACACAAAGUUUCUCCCAUCAGAUCUACGAUUCUCAAUUGAUUACUGAUGGAUGAGUAACAUUUGGUUACUCACUCUCACUAUAUCCUAAGCCCGUUGGUGUAGCAAGCAAGAGUCCAAUCCUAACUCUCAUAUGCACAACGACGACGUUUCGGUCCGCUGUCGAAAACGCGUUAUAGUUGGUCCGCUGUCGUGAAGCUGGAGAACCGGUGACGGGAAGAGAGUAUAUCAGAAUAAAAAGAACGAUGAGUAUCCCGCCGUUGGACUCGCUUCCGCCGACGAAAACUUUGGAGCUCGAGAACGGCCUCUCGCUUGUCCCGAGGGUGAAGCUCGAGCUGACGGUCCACCCGACGCCGUCCUCCGUCGCGAAGCAGAUCGACGAGUGGAAGCUGAAGCGCGCUCUGACAGAGUUUCUGAAGAAUUCGCUCUCCGUGCCAAUCGAAGUCCCGGAAGAGGAUCUGGUGUUCCGGCGGUUCAAGGACCUGAAGAAGCGGAAGCGCGAGGAUCCCGUGGCGCACGGCACUCUGUCGAUUCGCGACUUAGGGUUCCUCAACGGGAAGAGGAGAGGCGAUGAGGAUAAGGAGGAAGAUGCUAAGGAACUCGAGAAGAAGUUUACGGAAUGGAGGAAGUACAUUGUUGAGAAAUUGGACGGAAUCGAGCUGAACCUGGAAGGUGAUCAGUAUAAGUUGAGUGUUGCUGUGCCGGCAUCGGAUGAUUUUCCCGGGAUGAAGAAGAGUUGGGAGGAGGCCUCCGCUUUUGGAAAUCGAGGGUUCUCAAGAGGAGGAAGGCAAGAACCAGAUACAAUUGUAGUAAGAGGGUUACCGUCUAGAUGGUUUGCGGAGCCAAGAGUUUCUUCCAAGCCUUCGAUGCUCGUUACCCAUACCAUUUUCUCGGCAUUUGGGAAGAUAAGGAACCUUAGUGUCGUUGAGGAUGACCAAGAUAAGGCUGCUGAUGGAAUAGGUGGGGGAGACAUAAUUUCAGGUCUGCACUGCAAGAUUGUGGUUCAGUUUGAGAAGCACACAGAUUUCUGCAAUACUCUUAGAAUCUUGUGUGGCCGCUCUUUGCAAAAGCAAGGAUCCAGAUUAAAGGCCGAUUAUGACGUUACCUGGUCCAAAGAAGGCUUCUUCCAAAAUGCAAGAAAUCAAGCGGUAGAAAAGAGUAGCCGGAUGCCAGCAACCUUGGGUGGACAUCACAGAAAUGAACUCCGCAACAGGGUUGAACCGUACAUUUCGAGAUUCAAUUCUGAAGAUACACGGCGCAAGAGAUUCAAGGAAUGAGGAUGAUGAGCGAGAGGAAGGAAGACAAGAAGGAUAGUGGAGUGUUGUGUAGCAGAUAUUCCUUCUGGUAUGAGAAUAUACACAGUUUCUGCUGACUUUUGUUGUACAAUGUAUCAAAUGCCUCUUGAGGGAAUAGCAAGUUUGCUCAUUUGGAUUUCAUUUCAUUUGUCACUUAAAAUGAAAUGAAUUCUCGAUUCAUUUGAUACCAAACGAUCUAUUAAAGCCAUUAAGCAAGGAGUGUUGUGUAGGAGAUUUUCCUUCUGGUAUGAGAAUAUACACAGUUUCUGCUGACUUUUGUCGAACAAUGUAUCAAAUGCCUCUUGAGGGAAUUGCAAGUUUGGUCAUUUGGCUUUGAUUCAUUUUGUCAGUUAAAAAAGUUCCCUUGCUUAAUGGUCACCGACUUUAAUAGACUGUUUGUAUUAAAUGAAUCGAGAAUUCAUUUUAUUUUAAGUUGAAUAAUCGUGUAGAAUACUUUUUCAAAUGAAUUACUAUGUUCGGU